AAAAUACACGAUUUACGACAAGGAACACUGUCAACAACCGCCUCAUUCCAUUUUCACAGUCACAUGUUGGUGUGAUUUUGAGUUUUGUCACAAAUAUCAGAGGUCAAGGUGGGAGCCGUGCUGUGAGUGAUACAGUGAGUGACUGAGUGAUUCCCCAGGCCUUGUUGAUAGUUACGAUCAAGAUGCCCCCAAAGCAGAGGAAAGAUCGUCCCACAAAACGAAGAUUCGCAGGGAAUCGGUACACUGGCUCCCUGAAAAAAGCUUGCCUAGAGGAUGAACCAGCUCUGCAGGAUGAGGAUGAGGAAGCCUGUGCUUCUGCAAAGAAGUAUAAACAAACCUCGUCUGCUGCCAACUGCGUGAUGAUCCCACACACACUGCCAUAUUGCACUCUAGUGGAUGAAGAUUUGCUGAAUGAAGCUGUAGAGGAUGCCAAGGACUGGAACCUAAUGCAUGGAAAUGUGAUGAGGACAGCUGAAGCACCCGGGUCAUCAGAGGUUGUCAACUAUGCACCAUUUCUCCUGUAUCCGUCACCAUUCCCUCGAGUUGGACUUCAGGAGGCAAAGCGUGUCCAGUAUGCCGUCAACAAGCUUAUUCACUCUGUAGCAACUGACUUUACAUUCCUAGAGGAAGUAUUGCAAAGUGUCAUAGAAGUAGAUGUCUUUACAAGAAAGUUGUUGGAGAUCUGCAGAACUGUACAUAAGGAAGGAACGUCACAGGAGAUUCAUUUUGGCAUGUUAAGGAGUGACUAUAUGUUUGACACUAAUACAAAGCAAAUUAAACAGAUUGAAGUAAAUGCCAUUGCAUCAAGUUUUGCAGGGUUGGCAUCUAAGGUCUCAAUGUUCCACAGGUGGUUUUUAGAGAGACAGGGUUGGACAGUGGAACAAACAGAUAAACACCUACCAGAGAACACUGCUGCAAGUGGGUUAGCCAAAGGUUUGAUAGAGGCCUGGAAACUUUACAAUAAACAAGAUGCUGUGAUUCUGUUUGUCGUGGAACCUGAAACCAGGAACAUAUUUGAUCAGCGUGAUAUUGAAUAUGAGGUCUACAAACAGCAGCCACAAGUACGAAUAAUAAGAUGUACCAUGUCAAAGGUUUCAAAGGCUUCACUAGACUCUAACUCCAAAGCACUACUUAUAGAUGGCAAAGAAGUUGGAGUAGUUUACUAUAGAGAUGGAUAUGCACCAGAUCAAUAUACAUCAGAUGAGGUUUGGCAGACUCGAUUAAAAGUGGAGCGAAGUUCAGCUAUUAAAUGCCCAUCGAUCCAGUAUCACCUAGCUGGAACGAAGAAGGUACAGCAAGUACUGUCCAAGCCUGGCAUGUUGGAGAGGUUUCUAGAUGCUGAGGAAUCAGCAUUAGUCAGAAAGACAUUUGUGGGCCUCUAUAGCCUAGAUAUGGGCGAAGAGGGAGAUGCUGCCGUCGCCAUGGCGAUGGAAAAUCCGGGCAAGUAUGUGUUGAAGCCGCAGCGGGAGGGAGGAGGGAACAACACGUUCGGGGAGGCGAUCGUGGACGUGCUCGGCCCAAUCAGCGACACUGUCGAAAGAACGGCAUUCAUUCUUAUGGAACAGAUACAUCCCCAAUCGCACAGCAACUACAUCAUACGAGCUGGCAACCCACCACACGUCGAGAACGUCAUCAGCGAACUGGGCGUUUUCGGAGUCGUGAUAGGGAGAGGGAAGGAAUUGUUGCUCAAUGAGCAGCAUGGACAUCUACUACGGACAAAGAUGAUGGGCGUUGAUGAAGGAGGUGUUGCCAUGGGUUAUGGUGCUAUUGACAGUCCAUAUCUGGAGUGAAUACGUCAACCAUCCAGAUUUUUUAACCCAGCAUAUGGGGUUCAUAGUUUUUUUAUGAGGGAAAUUUUUUAAUACAUAAUCAGUGUUUCCCCUGGCCAAAAACGUCUGUGAGGUGGUAAAUGUUUUUUGGUGUGUUUGCGCAUUUCGAGGUCCUAGCAAAGCGAGGCCUUGCCCAGCUAGGGGGUCCGGGGGAAUUUUUUUGGAAAAAUGGUGCAAUUUGCUGCAUGCCAAGCUAUUUUGCUGCAUCAUAAGCACUGUUCUUUGGAAGAACAGUAAUUUUCGGCAGCGAGGUGGUGUUUUGGACAAAUUUCUGUGUGGUGGCUGAGAAUUUGAGCGAGGAGCCCCCCUCGCUCGUGUCAAUGCAGAGGAAACACUGUAUAAUCAUGGUAAUGAAUGACGACUAUACAGAUGUGAUACCAAUGUUAGGGUAGCUAUUCUUCGAUGUAAUCUUGUACGAAAGUUGUAGCCGACAUCAAGUCAGAGAUAUAAUAGUCGAGAUAUCAAAGCAGAGAUUAAUAUAGUUUGUUCUUAUCAACAUAUAUAGGUGACAUUGUCCAUGCACAACUGUAUAUCCCAUAUUAUGAUGGGGUAGACAAUCAACGCGUAUGUCAAGGUGUGUUGAAUAUGACUAUUCUUCAUUCCACAAAUACGUUAAGCUAUGUGAUAGAUUUGCAAUGUGAUUGUGACAGCUAUAAGCUAUGGAGGUACAAACAGAAUAAUAAAAAAACUGCUAUGAA